ACGAACUCAAUCAGGCAAUUCAAGUUCGGUUAUUAGAACCGAAGAUGCGAUCUGAUUGAUCAUAUAUAUUUCUGCUCUGCUGUACUUUAGUUCUUUGGAAUACAUGCGGUAAUUGGUUCCGUCUGUAGGUCUGAAUGGCGCGAUCGCCUCCACCUCGAACUCGAAAUAACGAUACUAUUCCUUCUUCAUUCUUGUUUUUCAGCUUGCCGUACUUAAUAGAAUUUUUUACCAUUAACGGCUUUAACUGCGAAGAGAAGAAACUUGCUAGUUAAAGAACGCUGCUUAGGUGCCUCCUCAACAAUCGUGAUGCGCAUCUCCGCUGCUGUCGUCUUCUUCCUGGCGGCGCGCGGCCGCGCACAGCUUGCCACAUUUGAACCGUACUACCCGUCGCCAUGGGGAACAGGUGGUCCUGGAUGGGACGAGGCGUACGAAAAGGCUCGCGAGUUCGUUAGAGGGCUGACGUUGCUUGAGAAAGUCAACUUGACGACCGGCACAGGAAACCAAGCGGACUUAUGUACAGGGAACACAGGUUCGGUACCGAGGAUCGGGUUUAGGCAUUUGUGCUUGCAAGAUGGACCGGUGGGGGUACGGUAUACCGAUCUCAAUUCUGUCUUCCCGGCGGGUAUUAGCGCAGCGGCAACCUGGUCACGGUCUCUACUACGAAAAAGGGGUGAGGCGUUGGGUGAGGAAUUCGGAGGGAAAGGGAUUGACGUACACCUCGGUCCCGUCGUCGGACCCCUCGGUCGCGACCCCGCUGGCGGCCGCAACUUCGAAGCCUUCGGGCCGGACCCGUACCUAUCCGGCGUUGCAGUCGCCGAGACAAUCAUCGGGAACCAGAACGCGGGCGUGGUGGCCAGCGUCAAGCACUACGUGCUCAACGAGCAAGAGCACUUCCGCAGCGGCAUUAGUUCGAAUCUCGACGACAAAACCAUGCACGAGGUUUACCUCUGGCCGUUCGCUGAUGCUGUGAGGGCGGGAGUCGGGAGCGUUAUGUGUUCGUAUAAUCAGAUUAAUAAUAGUUAUGCGUGCGAGAAUUCGUACGUACUUAAUAAGCUAUUGAAGAGCGAGUUGGGAUUUCAGGGGUUCGUGGUUUCCGACUGGGGCGCUCAGCAUAGCGGCGUUGAAAGUGCACUUGCUGGUCUGGAUAUGACGAUGCCCGGCGAAGGAUUCGGAGCGGAAGGCUACUCAACGUACUGGGGAGGUGCUUUAACCGAAGCCAUGCUCAGAAUCGAUAUUCCGCAGUGGAGACUUGACGAUAUGGUUAUUCGGAUUAUGGCUGCUUUUUAUAAGGUUGGCCGGGACACCAAGCAGAUCGACAUCAAUUACUCGUCCUGGACCAAUGAGACCGAGGGUCCGCGAUACUGGGCGGCCAAGAUGGGGAAUACGACCGUGAAUCAACAUGUAGAUGUGCAAGGGAAGCACGGCGAGUUAAUCCGCGAAAUGGGAGCGAAGGCGACCGUUCUGCUGAAGAAUAUUGACAAAGCACUACCUCUAAUUGAGGAAACGGUGAUCGCAGUCAUUGGCGAGGAUGCACAGGAUAACCCAGAUGGGCCUAACGGCUGCGUCGACCGUAUUUGUAAUAAUGGAACGCUUGCGAUGGGGUGGGGUUCGGCGACGGCGGAGUACCCCUAUCUGAUCUCACCGGCCACAGCCCUCGAAAAGCAAGCGACAGAAGAUGGCACGGCAUUCAUCAAUGUCAAGAGUAACUUCGACCUCGAAGCUGCCAAGUCGGCCGCAAGAAACGCGUCGGUUGCUAUUGUGUUUGCUAAUGCAGAUGCGGGAGAGGGAUACACGACACUCGACGGCAACUUUGGCGAUCGUAAUAACCUGACACUCUGGAAAGGCGGUGAUGAAUUAAUCCAAGCCGUUGCAUCAGAGAAUUCCAAUACUGUAGUUGUUAUACACAGCGUCGGCCCAGUCCUGAUCGACCACAUCAAGACGAAUCCGAAUGUUAGCGCAAUCGUGUGGGCAGGCCUUCCGGGGCAGGAAUCAGGAAAUUCGCUGGUAGACGUAUUAUACGGGAAAGUGAACCCACAGGGACGUACGCCGUUCACCUGGGGCAAAGACGCGAAGGAUUGGGGUGUCGAAAUCCUAGUGAACUCAACAUCGCGCGAACCGCAGCAGGAUUUCUCCGAGGGCGUGUUUAUCGACUACCGGUACUUCGACCAGAAAGAAAUCGAGCCUAGCUUCGAAUUCGGCUUCGGGCUCAGCUACACCAACUUUAAUUACUCGGGUCUGACGACCGAGCUCCAGGACGUGGGGCCGUAUGUACCGGCGAGCGGAGAGACUUCGCCAGCUGGCAUGUACGGUUUUCAAGAUACGGACCCGCGUAAUGCGGUAACCCCGGAUGGGUUCGAAAAGAUACCACGAUUCAUAUACCCCUAUAUCAAUAAUGCAACUCUGCCCGAUUCUACGGCCAAUAUCCCGGAAAACAGUCACAACAGGUCCGCUCAACCGAUUUUACCGGCAGGAGGACCGUCAGGUGGAAACCCGGAUCUAUACAAGGUCCUAUAUGUCGUUAGCGCAGACAUUACAAAUAUAGGGGAAGUAGCUGGGGCUGAGAUCCCGCAGCUUUAUCUUUCGCACGGUGGACCUACUGAGCCAAAAGCUGUGUUACGUGGAUUCGACGAGAUAUUCCUUGACCCCGGAGAGACGAAGAAGGUCGUGUUCAAUCUAACGUAUCGUGACCUGAGUAACUGGGAUACUGAGGCUCAGGACUGGCGUGUUACCGAAUACCCCAAAACGGCGUACGUUGGAGCGAGUUCGAGGGACUUCAGGUUACAAGCAGAGCUUCCUAUUCCGAAGUAAGGGUUUGGCCUUUUUUUUUUCUUAUUAGGCACACAUCUGUUCAAA